AUGGCCACCAAUAUCUACUUCCACCCAGGAUCUGUCACCAAUGAGGAGCGCACGAAGCUCUUGAAGCAAAGGGGGGCAACGAUUUGGCUGACCGGCCUCAGUGCUAGUGGAAAAUCCACGAUUGCAUGCGCACUCGAGCAGCACCUCCUGCACCUGCACAAGUUCACCUACCGUCUGGACGGCGACAACGUGAGAUUUGGUCUGAACAAAGAUCUCGGCUUCGACGAAAGGUCGCGGAACGAAAAUAUUCGGCGCAUUGGGGAGGUAGCCAAGCUAUUCGCAGACGGAGGUUGCAUCGUUGUCACCGCUUUCAUUUCCCCAUACCGCGCCGACAGGGAUGUAGCUCGUCAGCUUCAUGCACAAGCGUCCAUCCCCUUUGUCGAGGUCUUUGUCGAUGCCCCGCUGGAGGUAGUUGAGGAGAGGGACCCAAAGGGGUUGUACAAGAAGGCAAGGGCGGGUGAAAUAAAAGACUUCACUGGUAUCUCUGCCCCGUAUGAAGCGCCCCCGUCACCAGAAAUCCACAUCAAGACCAAUGAGAUUGAAGUCGCUGAUGCCGUUCGUAUAAUUGCCGAAUAUCUUACAAACAAUAGAGUGGCGAUCUCGCAAGGUCCUGGAGUAUGUCAUCGACAUCGCCCUCAACAUUCCGAACGACGUAUAAAGGUACCCUUGUCGCCCGGCAUGUCUCUCGUCGUUCCCGAGGCCCACCAACAAUUUCAACACAUUCUCCGUCUCCUCAACACUAAUGUCGACGGCAAGCGCAAAAUCAUGUACGCCCUGACCGAGAUCAAGGGUGUUGGUCGUCGUUACUCCAACCUGGUCUGCAAGAAGGCCGAUGUAGAUCUCAACAAGCGAGCUGGAGACCUCAACUCGGACGAGCUCGAACGACUUGUUACAAUCAUUCAAAACCCCACCCAAUUCAAGAUCCCGACAUGGUUCUUGAACAGGCAGAAGGACAUCGUCGAUGGCAAGAACUCGCAAAUUCUUUCGAACGCGGUUGACUCGAAGCUGCGUGAUGAUCUCGAGAGGCUGAAAAAGAUCCGGGCACAUCGUGGUUUGCGGCACUUCUGGGGCCUGCGGGUGCGAGGACAGCAUACCAAGACGACAGGUCGUCGUGGUAAGACCGUCGGUGUGUCGAAGAAGCGCGGCUAG